GCAGAAGUUCUGCCUCCUUACAUUCUCUCACAUUCCAAUGACUCCAUGAAACAGAAGUAACCUCCUGCGAAGACUUUUUUUGUUCAUUGAACCGUUUUGUAUUGAUCCGGACUGGGAAGAAUUUGGAUUGCACAUUUCGUGUCGUUUUCACUCCUUUUUUUUUUCUUCUUUACACUGGCCAUCCAACUACAGCGCCAUUCCGUUAUUUUUUAAAAUCCCUAUAUUGGGGAUUAUAUAUAUAUUUUAGGCUUUUAAAUUUUGAAGUAUUUAUUUUUUUUAUAGCUUUUUGAGUUUUUCGUUGUAUUUGCACAUCGUUUAAUUUUUCUUGACCAAAGCCGCGGCUCGUUUUGUUUUCUAGUUGUAAAUAUAAUAUAAUAAAGUAUCUAAAAUGACAGGUGUGACUUCUUUGGACGCAGUGAAGAGAAAGAUCCAGACUUUGCAGCAGCAGGCGGAUGACGCAGAAGAUCGAGCUUUGGUUCUACAGCGCGAGCUGGACAAUGAGCGCGAGCUCCGGGAGAAAGCUGAGGGUGAUGUGGCGGGCCUGAACCGCAGAAUUCAGCUGGUGGAGGAGGAACUGGAUCGGGCUCAGGAGAGGCUGGGAACUGCACUGCAAAAACUGGAAGAGGCGGAGAAAGCAGCAGACGAGAGCGAGAGAGGCAUGAAGGUAAUUGAGAACCGCGCCAUGAAGGACGAAGAGAAGAUGGAGAUCCAGGAGAUGCAGCUGAAAGAGGCCAAACACAUCGCAGAGGAGGCCGACCGCAAAUAUGAAGAGGUGGCCCGUAAACUGGUGAUUCUCGAGGGUGAGCUGGAGCGAGCCGAGGAGAGAGCCGAAGUCGCUGAAUGCAAAGCUAGUGAUUUGGAGGAGGAAUUGAAAAACGUUACCAACAACCUUAAAUCCCUAGAGGCUCAGGCAGAGAAAUACUCGGAAAAAGAAGACAAGUAUGAAGAGGAAAUCAAAGUUCUUAGUGACAAGCUGAAGGAGGCCGAGACCCGUGCAGAGUUUGCAGAGAGGUCGGUGGCCAAACUGGAAAAAUCUAUCGAUGACCUGGAAGAAAAAUUAUCUUCUGCAAAAGAAGAAAACCUCGGAAUGCAUCAAGUGCUGGAUCAGACACUUCAGGAGCUGAACAGCUUAUAAGAGACGAUGAGAGAGAACCACGUCCAUUUUUACAACAUUCCACAAAUACUCUCCUUAAUUCCAACUCGCAAGCUAUUGAGCCCUAUUUUCUCACAGAAAAAAAAAAUAAUUUAAUUUUUUGGUCUGAGGUAUUUCUUUUGCGCUUUUAUCCAAGUUGGCUCGACAUCGCUUCUUUCAAAAGUUAGCCAAACAACCCGAGGUGCUAAUUUCCCCACUGAUACAACGUUAUAAGUAGCUUAACACAUGACUUACCACAUGGAAAGUGAAUAUGUUUGUGUGCCUCAGCAUUUUAAGUUUUGAUAUUAAUGUAUCCCGGUCAAUUAAAGACGUCAAUGAAGGCGUUUUCAGUGCCGUGUUUCUCAUAAGUACAUCAUGCGCUCCAUCUACUGGCCACAUGAUGCAUUGCAGUACAUUACUCUAUUGAUAAUGCGAUGGUAUUUUGGACAUGCACCAUAGUACCACGGUAGCAUUUGUCAAAGUGCCUGUGUGUUUUUGUGGAACCACCACGAAAUGGGACCAAACAAAGACCAAAGAAAUAUUAGCUCUUCCCUUUUUUCUGUGAAUGCGUUGUCGCUUUUUUUCUGUCAAAUGACUAUUUCAAAAUGCCUCAAAUGUUUCUUUUCCAUUUUCUGUGUAAUAAAUUUUUAUAAAAAGUC